AUUAUGGAAGGCUCAAAUAGGUAUUUCAAACAAGGAAUAGUCAGCAUGCUCCCUCCAAGAAGGAUGUAUCAAGAGGAGAAUACUCUUCCAGCUGGACCAAAAUCAGGAACCACUAACAUAGCUGGCCUCUUCUCUGUUAAUGUAACUGUUGAGAGAGGGGAGUUAUCUGACCAAAAAUAUAAAUAAGUUCUCACUACAAGUAGCACCAUACAUGAGAGUUGAGCAGCUUCGUAGGAAGAUUGAGACUGAGUUUGAGUCUAUCUAUCCUAGGGAACCCAACUUUGUAUGUGGAAAGCUUGAGGAUAUCGGUGGUAAGCCAUUACAAGAGUCCUCUCUUGUCUGAGAAGUCCUCAAUUCUGGCAGCUCUGUCUUUGCGUACCCAAAAAUGUAUGAGGAUCAUAUUGAUGAUAUUCCCUCUAUAUUGGGGCCUAAAGAUCUCAUUUAUGCAUUGAAGAACAGCCAUUACAGUAUUGUUCAACAAAUCACCGAUACUUACAUAGCUGAUUAUGAAAAUAAGGCAGACUUAAUUCAAACAAUAAUGGCUUUAGGAAUGACAAAGGAUAAGCAGUUGGUUCAUAACCUAUGUAUUGUAAUGGUGAAAUUAUGUGCAGAGCAGAAAACAAUAGACUUAUUUGACACUCCAGAUAACAAGAACAUGCUUGAUUUGACUGUGCUUGCCAUCGAAAAAUGGAUUAAUACUUUUGCUAAAUAAGGAUAAAUUUGUCCUUAACAACACUUGAAAAAUAUUGGAGUAUCUACUUAAGUCCAGAUUAUUUUAUGAAAAAUUCAAGAAUAAACCAUGUCUUGACUUAUUGAUCAGAAUCUCUAGAGAUCCCUUGACUCCGACUGCUACAAAAGCUUUGAUCUUGAAGAUUACCUCUGGGUAUAGUACUAUCCUGACAACUGAUAUCAUUAAGUACUAUCAGUUAGAUAACCCAGAUUUCAAGAGAUAUGGCAGCUUGAGUACAUCUUUGCUUAAAAAGGACAUCCUAGAUUCAAAUAAUGGAAGGUUUCUUGACCCUGAAGGAGAUGUAGACACUCCAAUUUCUACCCCUAAUCCAAGCUCUUCAAAAUACAGUCUUGGAAGUAGCUUAUCAAGAUCGACUACAAAUCUGAGAGCUUCGUUGCCUCUGAUAAAUAGUGCAAGGACCAACUUCGAAAACCCAAAAUUUGAACUUCCGUCUUGGGCCAAAGCAAUUCCAGAGUAUAUGGAUCCUGAUUCUCUCAGACCAGCAAAGCAGUUGCGAGGCUUCAUCAAAAAGAGGGGUGUAAAUUUGAUAGAAAACAUCAAGAGUGAGGAUGAAAGAAUCCUGAAAAACAGAAUAGCAGCCUCUAGGGAUAUCUACCAGUCACCUCUCUACAAAAUUACUUAUUUCUCAGAUGGUCGCCAUCCUUCAGAUGCUUUGCCACCCGGCAAGAAGAGUUACAACAAAGAUUUAGUUCAGAAUUACCUCGAAAUGUUGAAUAGUGAGAAUAACUCUAAAGAUAUGGUUGUAACUGCCCUAAACAACCUUGUGCAAAUGUUGGAUUAUAGUGGAAUAAUCAUCAUGGAAAGCACCUCAAAAUUCUUACAAGCAUGCCAAGUCCUUGAAAUGGUCGACCUCGAUUAUGACGCAAUGGAGAGCCAAAAGAAAUUCAUCAAUGAGCUGAUUCAGAGAAUGGAUAAAGAGAGAGCGUAUGAUGCACUGAUUAGCGAGAUCAUUGAAAGAAUCGUCUUUAGUUAUAAAUUCCAUCAUCCCACUAUUAGGAAGGUCCUGGAGUUCUUCAUUGAUUCGGUUAUUGAGAAUGGUAGAAGAUAUCUAAAAGCAAGCCAAUUCAUUGAAAUCACAAGGUGCAGUGUUACGCCUAUUAGAGAGUUGGCCAUGAAGGCUCUAACUUUCAUAUCUGAGAACAAAUUUUCUGGUGGAUUAAAAGACACUAAGAUUGAUAUCAAAUUUCAUACAUAUAUCCCUUACUUGAUCAGAUGAGCACGUGGGUCUUCAGUGAGUCAGGCUUUUAAGAACUACGCUCUCCAGGUUCUUGCAAACCUAGCGGAUAGGGAAUACCUCAGACCUCAUAUCCAGUACAAUGAAGGAUUGAAGGUCUUCAUCGAAGCUUUAAGAGACUACGACAAUCUUACAGGUAGAAGAAUCGCAGGUAGAGCUAUUGUAAAUGCCACUAAGACAGAUAAUGAGUUACGAAUCAAGCUGAUAGAUGAACUUAGAGGAGAAGUCACUCUGACUUGGCUGGAUGAUAUAGAUCCAGUGGUUUCUCACCACAUCCAAAAAUUAUUAAAAGGAUCAGAAUUUUAGCUAUUUUCAAGAGAAUA